AUGCUUGCCUGCUCUCACCUCGUGCCGGUGGCGCUGUUUGCGACGCUGCUGACAGGGUGGAGGGCUCGAGGGCGCAAGCUAUGGUGGGAGCCCGUGGACACCUCCCGCGCCUACCUGCGCCUCUCCGCACCCUCCACCCCCACCGCCGCUCAUGCUGCGCGCAUUCCCACCCACGCCGCCACCACCACCGGCGCUUCAGCUGCUGCGGGUGCAGCGGCUGCUCUGUCUGUGCCGGGGUCUCCAGUUCCCCCGGGCACUCCGCGCAGCAUGCAGCCACGCUACGACUUUGCGCGGGAGCUGACGUACCCGCUGGCGUCGCUGCUGGCGGGGUGCAUGGGCGGGCUGCUGGGCAUUGGAGGCGGCAUGGUCAUGGGACCCGUGCUGCUCGAACUCAACAUUCCGCCACAGGUGACAUCAGCAACGUCCACGUUCAUAGUGGUGUUCUCCUCAUCGCUCUCUGUCGUAGAGUUUUACCUGCUGGGCCGCAUCCCCCUCAAGGUCGCCUCCUACUUCUGCCUGCUCGCCAUGGUCGCCGCGGUCUCCGGCCUCUCCAUCGUGCGCUCCAUAGUCAUCCGCUCGGGCAAGGCCUCUAUCAUCAUCUUUGCACUCGCGUCUGUCAUUGGCAGCAGCGCCAUUGUGCUGGGGGCCAUUGGCGGCCUGCAUGUGCUCAACGACUGGAAGCACGGCGAGUCCAUGGGCUUCCGCCCCCUCUGCAACCAGGUCUGGUGA